GGUGCAUUGUGGGGUGGGGCCUGCGGGAGCUGCCACCGGGAGCGCCGCCGGGAUGAUGCCAACACCAGUGAUCCUGCUGAAGGAGGGGACGGACACCUCGCAGGGCAUCCCCCAGCUGGUCAGCAACAUCAAUGCCUGCCAGGUGAUCGCCGAGGCCGUGCGCACCACCCUGGGGCCUCGGGGCAUGGACAAGCUCAUCGUGGAUGACCGGGGCAAAGCCACCAUCUCCAAUGAUGGUGCCACCAUCCUGAAGCUCCUCGAUGUUGUCCAUCCAGCUGCCAAGACCUUGGUGGACAUCGCCAAAUCACAGGAUGCAGAGGUUGGUGAUGGGACCACGUCUGUAACUCUGCUGGCUGCCGAGUUCCUGAAGCAGGUGAAGCCCUACGUGGAGGAAGGUCUCCAUCCUCAGAUCAUCAUCCGUGCCUUCCGCACAGCAACCCAGCUGGCUGUAAACAAGAUCAAAGACAUUGCUGUCUCAGUGAAGAAGGAAGAUAAAGAUGAGCAGAGAAGCCUGCUGGAGAAGUGUGCAGCCACAGCCCUGAGCUCUAAGCUGAUAUCCCAGAGCAAGGAGUUUUUCUCCAAGAUGGUGGUGGAUGCUGUCAUGAUGUUAGAUGACUUGUUACAACUCAAAAUGAUUGGGAUCAAGAAGGUGCAAGGAGGUGCUCUGGAAGACUCCCAGCUGGUGGCCGGGGUUGCCUUUAAGAAGACGUUCUCUUACGCCGGGUUUGAAAUGCAGCCCAAGAAGUACCAGUCUCCCAAGAUUGCCCUGCUGAACGUGGAGCUGGAGCUCAAGGCUGAGAAGGACAAUGCUGAAGUCAGAGUAAACACGGUGGAGGACUACCAGGCCAUCGUGGAUGCCGAGUGGAACAUCUUGUAUGACAAACUAGACAAAAUCCACAAGUCAGGAGCCAAGGUUGUCCUUUCCAAACUUCCUAUUGGUGAUGUGGCUACUCAGUACUUUGCAGACAGAGACAUGUUCUGUGCCGGCCGCGUCCCGGAGGAGGAUCUCAAGCGCACCAUGAUGGCCUGUGGUGGCUCCAUUCAGACCAGUGUCAACGCCCUGUCGGAUGAUGUUCUGGGCCGCUGUGAGCUCUUUGAGGAGACUCAGAUUGGAGGGGAGAGGUACAACUUCUUCACAGGCUGCCCAAAGGCCAAGACCUGCACCAUCAUCCUGCGUGGGGGCGCCGAGCAGUUCAUGGAGGAGACGGAGCGUUCCCUGCACGAUGCCAUCAUGAUCGUCAGGAGAGCGAUCAAGAACGACUCGGUGGUUGCCGGUGGUGGCGCGAUAGAGAUGGAGCUUUCCAAGUACCUCCGGGACUAUUCCAGGACCAUUCCAGGCAAGCAGCAGCUGCUGAUAGGUGCUUAUGCUAAAGCCCUGGAGAUCAUUCCCCGCCAGCUCUGCGACAACGCCGGCUUUGAUGCCACCAACAUCCUGAACAAGCUCCGAGCCAAGCACGCGCAGGGUGGGAUGUGGUACGGCGUGGACGUCAACAACGAGGACAUCGCCGACAACUUCGAGGCCUGCGUGUGGGAGCCGGCCGUGGUGCGCGUCAACGCGCUGACCGCCGCCUCCGAGGCCGCCUGCCUCAUCGUCUCGGUGGACGAGACCAUCAAGAACCCCCGGUCCACUGUGGAUGCUGCUCCCGGCGCCCGGGGACGGGGCCGACCCCGACCCCACAACCACUGAGCCCCCCACCAGGGUGGGCCUUGGGUGCUCUGCCAGGGGAAACGGAGUUGAUGUCUCGCUUCGUUAACGAGCCGUCGGCCAGGCGGUGGUUGCCGGGGCUCGCGGGCAGCCCCUGGCCUUGUGUCAUUGAAGAGUCAAGUCUUGGCCUGGGCAGCAGCCUCCUGGGAGCUGCCCUGCCCCAACAUGUCCUACCACAGCACUGAUCCCCUGAGGCUCACCUCAUCCUUCCACGUGGGAACAGCAUGGAGCAGAGUCCUCUUCAGCACUGGCAGGGAGUGCAGCCAGCCUGGCCUUUCUUGGUAUUUAUACUAUUUUUUUCUUUUUUUUUUUUUUUUUGGUCUUUCUGCUGGGGGUUUUUGACCCAGGCUCAAACACAAUAAAGACAGGUUGGUGUUUAAGUGGCA